AUGGAGGGAGCUCUCGUUGGAUCGUCCCCUAGGGUUAGGGUUUCCACUCCGAGCGCCUCCUCCUUCGCGGGUUGCAAGGGAAACCUCCGCUUCAGUAGGGACCGUGCGGGGUUUGUUGUGGGUGGUGGAUCGCGGCGAUCGACUCCUCUCCGUUGCGAGAGAGCUGAGAAGGACUGCAGUAAUGAACGCAUUGUUUUAUCAUACAAAAAUGACGACAUUGCAAACUCUGUCGAAGUUAAACAAUGGGAAAGUGGAAAAUCACUCAAUGAGAUAGCUGCAAAUCAGGGAAUUAGAAUUAGAAGAAGCUACCGAACGAAUAACUCCGAGAGCUUGGAGGGUGAGCAUGGCAGUCCUCGUAACAUUCUGGAAAAAAUCAUAUGGGACAAAGAAGUGGAGGUUUUACAGUUGAAAGAGAGAAAACCUCUGACCGUGUUGAACCAACUUAUAAAGGAAGCUCCUCUGGUUAGAGAUUUUGUUGGGGCUUUGAAGGCAUCUUAUGAGCGAACUGGACUCCCUGCUUUAAUAGCAGAGGUGAAGAAGGCUUCACCGAGCAAAGGUGUUCUAAGGGAGAAUUUUGAUCCUGUUCAAAUAGCUCAAGCUUAUGAGAAAUAUGGUGCAGCAUGCUUAAGCAUCUUGACUGACGAAAAGUAUUUUCAGGGAAGCUUUGAAAAUUUAGAGGCUGUCCGCAAAGCUGGAAUCAAGUGCCCUCUUCUUUGCAAAGAGUUCAUCAUUGAUUCUUUGCAAAUAUAUUAUGCUCGUUCGAAGGGGGCGGAUGCAAUUCUUCUCAUUGCCGGGGUGUUGCCAGAUAUUGACAUCAAAUACAUGACCAUGAUUUGCAGAGAACUUGGCUUAGCAGCCCUUGUUGAGGUGCACAACGAGAGGGAAAUGGAUCGUGUUCUGGGUAUAAAUGGGAUUCAACUCAUCGGUAUCAAUAAUCGUGGCUUAGAGACAUUUGAAGUAGGCAUCUCCAAUACUAAGAAGCUUCUGGAGGGAGAGCGUGGUGAAAUCAUCCGCCAACGAGGCAUCAUUGUCGUGGGAGAAUCUGGGUUAUUCACCCCCGAAGACAUUUCAUAUGUACAAGAUGCCGGAGUUAGAGCGGUUUUGGUUGGGGAGUCCCUCGUCAAGCAGUGCGAUCCUGGGCGGGCGAUAUCAGGACUUUUCGUUGUACAGAACAGCAAUACCUAGAUGGUGAGCACAGGGACAGACCAGCUGCAGGCAAUAAUUUCUUCCAUGCUUACCUGACUCUCUCGUGUCAGUACA